AUGCAAACACUGAUGCCUAAUGGCCUAGGUAGAUGUGGAUAUAUUGUUAGACGAUAUACAGAUCAUUCAACAUGCCUUUCAAGGAUGUUGUUGGCAUCAACAACUAGAUCAAUCAACAGAUACUCUACUAAGACUAGUCAGGAACCAAAGUUCACUCCAAGUCAAGUAUACCAUGACAUGUUUGAUAAUAUAACUGGUGAACAAAUGCGUGAUAUGCUAAGUACAUCAAAUGCUCAGAUGGCACCCUAUAAACAGAAGAAUACAAAUCAAUCAAACUUGUCAUUCGUUGAUAAGAUAAGGAUAAAGGUCAAGGCUGGUGAUGGUGGAUCAGGUUGUGUAAGCUUCCAUAGAGAGAAGUACAUACCAGAGGGUCCACCAGACGGUGGAAAUGGAGGAGAUGGUGCAAAUAUCAUACUACGUGCAGACUUUAAUGAUAACAAUCUAUCACAUAUCUCAAGGAACUAUAUUGGUCAGAAUGGCGAGAAGGGCAAGGGUGCACGACGCACAGGCAAGAGUGGCGAAGACAUCAUUAUCAGAGUGCCAGUUGGCACGGUCAUCAGGGAGAUGGAGACAUACUUUGAUGAUGAUGGCGAUGCUGUGGAACGCGAGGAUAAGAGAUUGGACAGCAGUUCAGACGAGUUUGAUCCAGACUACUACUUGUCCAAACUGAACAGUCCCGUGAUCGAUGGCAAGACGGACACGACACUCUUUGAGGAUCAGCUCUCGGAGGAGUAUGACAUGGAUCAAUCAAAGCGCAGGAAGAAACUGUGGCGCGAGGUUCAGGUCGUUGCGGACUUUGACACCCCGGGCCAGGAGCUCGUGUUCCUGCGCGGUGGUCGCGGCGGUCGUGGCAACUACAACUUUGCAUCGAGUACCAAUCGCUCGCCCGACUACGCUGGCGUGGGCAGGGCGGGCCACGAGAAGUACCUCGAUCUCGAACUCAAGAUCAUCGCAGAUAUUGGAUUGGUUGGUUAUCCCAACGCUGGAAAGAGCACAUUGUUGUCAAGGAUGUCUAACGCCGUGCCAAAGAUCAAGAACUAUGCAUUCACUACACUUCGUCCAUACGUGGGCGUUGUCGAUCUUGGCGUGCCCGAGGAGAAGAAGCCCAUGCUACUAUCUAAGCGACCCAGAAGAUCAGUCACUGAUCACAACAACACAACAACUAUGGCCGAUUUGCCUGGCAUACUUGAAGGCGCACAUCUCAAUGUUGGACUCGGACUGGACUUCCUGCGACACAUCGAACGCACCAAAGUGCUUUGCUACGUCAUUGACAUGAGCAAUGAAGGCGUGCCAGCCAUUUGGGAUGGCACUACUUUGGAGGUUGUGCCAGAUCGUUAUAAGGAUAUGGGCGACGACGAGGAGUCAAUCAAGAUGAUCACAGACAGCAUUAGAUCAAAGGCGCGUGAGAUGGAUCAGCGAGCACCAUGGACCGACUAUGUGACGCUGGUCGAGGAGCUCGAGACCUACCAACCAGGCCUUUCCAAGAAGCCAUCAUUAAUCAUUGCCAACAAGAUGGAUCAACCUUAUGCUGAGGAUCAUCUGGAAGAGUUCAAGAGGGCAGUUGGACAUCUCAUCAAUUGUCCCAUCAUCCCAGUCAGUGCUGAAAUGGACGACCCAGCUGACUUUAACAAAGUGCGCAAGGUACUCAAGGACCUUGUGAAAAACAUCAAGCCUCAAGAGGGCAUGGUGGCCCAGCCUCAAUCAUUAUCAGAG